AUGGAUGCUGAAUGUCUAGCACUGAAAGACCUCACAAGUCCAAGGAAAAGUUUCAGGGUGGAGACGGAGGAGGAGGAGGAGGAGGAUGGGGGCCAAAUUGAGCAAAAGGAAAACAUCUGCACAGACAGGAGAAGAUCCACGCCACUGAAAUCUGCCGAGUCCACCAUCCCUACUUUGCUGAUAAACAGAAAAGGUGCCACCCCUGACCUGGUCCACAUCACCCCUAUCAAACACACGGGCCUGGUGGAGCCCUGGACACCCACGGCCAAUCUGAAGAUGCUGAUCAGCGCAGCCAGUCCGGACAUCCGGGACAGAGAGAUGAAAAAGGUGCUGUUUAGACCCAGAGAGAAUGAGAAGGACAAGCCAGCAAGUCCAGAUGCUGCGGUGGAGGAUACAGAGGUGGAAGACUCUUGUCCGUUUGAAGCCGCGGAGGAAGAGGACGAUGCUGAUAGAAAGCCGAGCAGGAAGCAGAAGAGUCUGGGUCUGCUGUGCCAGAAGUUCCUGGCCCUCUACCCUGAUUAUCCACCGCCACACAGCCCCAUCUGGAUCUCACUGGAUGAGGUGGCGACCAACCUUGGAGUGGAGCGGCGGCGUAUCUACGACAUCGUCAACGUGCUGGAGUCUCUCAUGAUCGUGGGACGGAUAGCCAAAAACAGCUACACCUGGCACGGUCGCCAACGCCUGGAGACCACGCUGGAGGAGCUGCAGCGCAGGGGCCGGCAGCAGGGCUACCACCUCCAGAUGGAGCUGGCCUCGGAGACCAGGGAGGCCGGACCGGGGCGCGAGGACGACGGAGCGGAAGGAGACGCCAGCAAUGCUGGUGGCAACAGGAAAGACAAAUCUCUGCGCAUCAUGAGCCAGAAAUUUGUCAUGCUGUUCCUGGUGUCCAAAACUCAGACUGUCACUUUGGACGCAGCAGCAAAGAUCCUCAUCGAGGAGAGUCAGGACUCAUCAAGCCACAGCAAGUACAAAACUAAGGUGCGGCGCCUGUACGACAUUGCGAAUGUGCUGACCAGCCUGGGCCUCAUAAAGAAGGUCCAUGUCCGCGAGGAGAGAGGCAGGAAGCCGGCCUUCAAGUGGCUUGGCCCCGUUGAAUUCGACAACUCAGCAAAUGCUGGAAACGCUGUGAACAUGGCGGCUGUCACUCUGUCUGGGUCCACGCAGCCAGUGACAGGCCAUGACCUCAGAAUCGCCAAGAUGGCACGCCACGCCUCUUUCAACAUCACACCAACUUCUGUGGCCGUCCAGCGGCAGGUCUGCUCUGCACCCAGCAGUCCGCGGCGAGAACCUACGGGUCUGCCAAACCAGCCCUUGGAUUAUUCCAAAAGGACUUCAAGCAACAAUGCAGUGUGUCGACUGCAGUUUGGAAACAGCACUGAUAACCGUCCCAGCACAGCACUGCAGACCCCCAGCCACAGCAGCAGCCCGCGGCCUCCGUCCUCCAGCCACCCCACCCUGCUGGCUCCCUCCCCUCACCCAGAGCACCUCUUCGCACCGUCCUCCUCUCCCCACUGCCUGGCCUACCUGCCCAGCCUGUCCCAGCCCUCGGUGGUCAUGCUGUACAGGGCGCCGGAGAAACCUGACCAGAAUGCCGAAUGUCAGAGAUCGCCCCGGCCGGACUCUGAGGAGGGGAGGAAGAGAAGAAGGGAAGAAAGGGAAGAGGAGGGGACGGUGGCGAAAAAGAAGGCGACACCUGGGUUAGAGGAACGUGACAAGAUGAGAGCUGACGCUCACAGGGAGGCAGCAGAGUGUUCACAAACUGCUCACAGCAGCAGCGAGCCCGCCCAGCCAUCACACUACCUCUACGUACCCAACAAUGCAGGUAAACCCGGUCUGAACCAGCCUCAACUUCUCCUCAUCUUUGCCGGCCAGUCAAUCGGCAGUCUAGCACGGCCUCCCAACACCUUUCCACCCUAGCACUACGUCCUGCUGCCCUCUGCAGCCCUCUCCCACUACCCCCUGGUGGCCGGCGGUCUACAGCAACAAGGCACCAAUGCCAACAACAAGCUAAGCUUCAGCCUUCCAACUGUGAUGUCGGCGGGCCACUUUAUGGUUGGGGCGGCGUCGUACGGCCUGGCAGCGGCAUCGGAGAUCAGCAGGUCACCGGUUCCAACGCCAGCCACUCCAGAACAGAGCAGGGCGCACGGCUCGGCGGCAGGCACGCCACGUUCUCCCUCAGGACCACGUCAGACUGUCACUAUCAACACACCAGAACCACUGACUCCACACACUCCAAAGGAAAUCCCAGCAUCUGCUUCUAAGGCUUUCUUCCAGACCCCAGGCACCCUGGGAAGUGUAGUCAGCGCUGUGCCAGCUCCCCGAAAAAGAGGCUCGGCACAGAGAAGACUGGACGUCGGCCACCCUCCCACCAGUUAGCCCUCUGAGGAGAUGGAAUAGGUGCUGUUUUAACACUCAGGUGUUGAUGUUAAAAGUGAAGAAUAUGGUUUCAAACCAACGGUGCUGUAUUAGAUUACUAAUCAAUUCAUUUCUUUCAGAAAUGCAAGAAUUGAAAUUUUUAGCAAAAGACUGUUUACUUGAGACUUAAAAUGAACUCUUUCCUGAAACCUCAAACAUGUUUUGGAAAGCAGAGACCUCAAGAUGUCUCACAUUUAGCUAAUGACUCAAUUUUCACCAAAUGGUGUGUCUCUCAUUUUGAAAUUAAACUCCAUUAUUGGUCGUUGUGUUAACAGUUCACAUGUGCCUCAUGGUUCAAUUAUGGGACACCACAUUUCAGAGUGAAUGAGUGAAACAGUAUUGCCAAUGUGCCAGUGCCCUCCUGUGGUAGGAGUCGGCCACUGCUGUAUUUUGUAUUUCAGCCUUAAUUUUUCCCUCCCAGACACGAUCAAGCUACCUAAUUCCCCCAUCACUUGUGUAUUAUAGCCCAAUUGCUAUUUAUAUUUUAGAUAAUAUAUGUUAAUUACAGGGACUGUAAUGGAACAUAAUUUUUUUUUAGCACUAAGAAUGUAUGUCUAAUAUUGAAGUGAUCGUCUUCAGUCGGCCCUUUCAGGUUUCGUUACAUUAUCAAGGUUUAAGAGGAAAUGAUUAGCUGCUGGUCACUGAUUUACACUGACAGUAGCAGAUAACAUCAUUGUGAGGAGAAAAUCACUAGAGCCUUAAAUGUUUACAGCCAGGCGAGUAUUUCGAGGAACUGUUCCUGGACUCAUCAGGAAGACAAAUGUUACUGGUGCUGUGUUUGUUUUCACUGAGUAUCUGCAACCAUAGUGCUUAAUGGUUAAACACCAAAACCCUUUAGCUGUGUUACUGACGACUAAAGGACAAUGUGACGAUGCUCUCAGGUACUUGAAUACUUGCGACUUUACUAGAAGUGGAUUUUGGAGAGAUAUCUAAGUACUGUAAAGAAUCUUUUAUCCUUAAUUUAUCCAAGGAGAGUAGACUGAGCUUGUAUGCUGUCUUUUUUGGGAGCACUGCAGUUGGGGGUUGAGUGCCUUACUUUAAAGGCACUUUGCUGAGAGGAGGGAGCUGUUGCCUUUGGUACAGAUUUUGUCAGGUUGUCCAGUGAUUUGUAACCAACAGCCCUCUAGUCAUAAGCCCACUAACUUGCCAAGCCAAAAUAUUGGUGCUUUGUACGGGAAUCAUUCAGGAGAGCUUAGCUAUGUCACACCAAAGGGUGCACAGAUAAUCCACUGUUCGGUGGAAGUGUAGUGAUUAAUGUACAGUCUUUAUGUCAGUAAUUAUUUUUGUACAUUGUAUUCAUAGUGCCAUUUAUACUUUUACAUGCAGAAUGUUCAAUGCUGCUUCACUGUUUUUAAAAUAAUGAUUAUUGCACUGCUAGUUUUAGUGGUGUAGUGUACGCUGAUGUAACUUUUACAAAACUCUGAGCUGUUUCUUCACUGUAGCUCUGAUCUCUCUGUAGUUAUGGGCCAGACUGGUUUU